UGGUAGACUGUUCUAUUUAUUACAGUCCAAUCUGCUAUCUGUCACUCGACAGCAAAGACGUUAACCAGUUUCAUUUGUCUGUAGAACCUUUUCUGUCUUGGAAAUGAGGGGCCUGCUGUCUGUAUUACUGCUGCUGGCAAUCGUGUCAGUCUGUCAGGGUGAGGUGGGCCAGGUGUGCACGUCCAAAGACCAGUGUGCAGCCGACGAGUGCUGCGAGAUCAUCAACAUCGUCGUGGCCAGCAGGAAACGUCAGGCUCUGCUGCAGCCCAUCCGUCCUGUCAGCGAGUCAGGUACAUGCAAGAAAUACCAAGAAAAGGGCACUUACUGCCAGUCCUUUGACGUGCUGAACGGUUUCUGUGGCUGCGGCCAGGGCCUGACCUGCCAGUCGGUCAACAUCGGUACCCUUACCCCCUGUGCUGGACUCCCCAUCUCGCCGCUCUCUCAGGCCUGGUUUUGCAUCGUACUGCCUGGAACCUUGAACGGAGUCAACGUGGAACAUCUUCAUGCGUCUCUUUACGUGAUUUGAGAUGCUUGACAAAAAAAUCUCAUCUUGAACUAUGGCUCUUCUAAACAAUUUGCUGCCGCUUUUAACUGUUUAACAUGUCGCAUUUAGAGAUUUCGUAUUUCAUGAAUUCUUUAACAGGAUAUAAUUUACAAAUACAGUCUUAACUCGCAUCUCGCAGCACUUUUCUUCAAAGUUACCCUUAGUUAUGGAUCAUAUACCCUCGUCCCUCGUUAUUUCGCCAUGAUUCGUGUUGGACACAUGGCGGUAAGAAUGAAUUGGGACUGUCUGCCAGCAAGAUGACCUACUGAAAGUUAGAGUUAUUGUUUGAUGUUAUAGUGUAUGUAGGGCUUUAAUCAAGAUGAGCUAAUAAUCUUUAUUGCAAUAAAAUUGAGAACAGAUAAGUA